ACAGAAGUAUAUUGUAUUGUAUGUAUAGUACCUAGGUACUAACACACGCAUGUUUACCGAAAGAAACAAAUAGUAAAAAAUAAAGUACGUGGCUUCGGAGAUAGAUUUUUUUCAAGAAAAUAAGAAUAUCUUGUAAGAUAUUUUAUUUCCUUACCAUUAUAAUGUCAGAAGUGACUGUAAAGAACUUAGACAAUGCAUGUGAAACUGCAGAAGAAUUCACAAGAGUUUAUUACAAACAAGUGGAUAACAGUCGUCAUUCCAUCUCAAAGCUGUAUCUAGACACUGGAUUGCUGGUAUGGAAUGGAAAUGGUAUAAAUGGAAGUGAUAAAAUACAGAAAUUCCUUAUGGAUUUACCUGCAAGUAACCAUAUAUUGAAGACUUUGGAUGCUCAACCUGUUUCUGAGACUGUAGUGUCCCAUAAGCUCACAUUUCUGAUUCAAGCUUGUGGAGAUGUGACUUACGAAAACGACGAUGCUAAAAAACCCUUCCAACAAACAUUCCUGAUAGUAGCUGUUGAGGGCAAAUGGAAAAUAGCAUCAGAUUGUUUUAGGCUACAAGUGCCUUACAACACAUAAGAUACCUGGAAACAUGUUUAAUAAGUGUAGAUUAAGUUAAUAAUAAAUAAAGAUAUUUUAAUUA